AUGACAGCGAAACUCGAGUGCAGUGCUGCUUCUCUUUGGUGUGGACUCACCGGAACAAUUACCCCAGAACAGGAGGAUGGCCGUUCAAGCAGGAGCGAUGUGACUACGAACAAGCUAUACUAUUUCACUUUUCGAGCACGCGCUGAAGUGAUACGCAUGGUAUUGCAUGCGGCCGGUGUGCCUUUCGACGAUGAACGAAUCUCAGCGGAUGACUGGCCCAAACGAAAAUCUGAGAUUCCUGGCGGAAGGAUGCCUGUGCUCCAAGUGUUCGAACCCGGUAGACCGGAUAAACCGAAGAACUAUGUGGAGAGUAUGGCAAUAGCACGGAUGCUGGCAAAAAGAUUCAACUUAAUGGAUGACACGGAAGAGGGCUACUACAACAUUGAACGAAUGAUUGGUGAAUGUGAAGAUGUGCUCAAAGAGCUUCGCAACGCUUUCCUGUCUCCGGCGGAUAAGAAGGAACAACUCGUGAAAGAAGCAAUGGAAACCUCGAUUCCAAAACUACUGAACCUUAUUUCACAGUCACUGAGCGAAUCUGCUGGCAGGUUUGUUGCUGGAUGCAAAGUUACCCUGGGCGACCUGUGUCUGCUGGCAUGCCUGGAUCACGUGGACAAAGCGGAUCCUGAAUUGGUGAAAAAUAAAUACCCUAAACUGUUGGAGUGGCGCGAAGCCGUGUUGAAGGAGAAGCCAAAACUUGCAGAUUACAUAAAGUCACGUCCUGACACACCUUUCUGAUUUUUUAUGGGAAUUCAUUAAAUAAAGGCUUGUCAUAUCAUUUUCGCAUCAGUAC